GAACAUCACACUUUUGCACUAUCUCAUAACUAUUGUGGAAAAUAAAUACCCCAAGGUCCUCAAUCUAAAUGAAGAACUGCGGGACAUUCCUCAAGCAGCAAAAGUAAACAUGACUGAGCUAGACAAAGAAAUAAGUACCCUGAGAAGUGGCCUGAAAGCAGUAGAGAUGGAGCUGGAAUAUCAAAAGUCUCAGCCCCCACAACCCGGAGACAAGUUUGUGUCUGUUGUCAGCCAGUUCAUCACAGUGGCCAGCUUCAGCUUCUCUGAUGUGGAAGACCUUCUAGCAGAAGCUAAAGACCUGUUUACUAAAGCAGUGAAACACUUUGGGGAAGAGGCUAGCAAAAUCCAGCCGGAUGAGUUCUUUGGCAUUUUUGAUCAGUUUCUUCAAGCCGUGUCAGAAGCCAAACAAGAGAACGAAAACAUGAGAAAGAAGAAGGAGGAGGAGGAACGCCGUGCUCGCAUGGAAGCCCAGCUCAAAGAACAACGUGAAAGGGAACGUAAAAUGAGGAAAGCAAAAGAGAAUAGUGAAGAGGGUGGAGAGUUCGAUGACCUGGUUUCAGCUCUACGCUCAGGAGAAGUAUUUGACAAAGACCUUUCUAAACUGAAACGGAAUCGCAAGCGUAUUACCAACCAGAUGACGGACAGCAGCCGAGAGAGACCAGUCACAAAACUUAAUUUCUAAUUUUCCUUGGAUACUUUUUUAGAACGCUCAUUAGCAGCCCUUUGAAGUGACUAGAACUUUUCAUUACACUGCCUUGCAAUCCAAACAGUGGCAAUUUCUUCCUUCAUCUGUGAGUGAAUGCGUGAAUGUAUGUGUAUGUAAAUGUAUGUGUACAUAUAUAUUAAAAAAAUGUAUAUAGAAGUCUGAGUGUUGUCUGGAGACCUAUAUGUAUGGUUAAAAAAAAAAAAUCUAUGUUAAUGUAUGUGCUCAGAAACCCUUUGUGUAUGCAUUCAUAAUGAGUAUGGCUCAUUUUCUUCCCCUGAACACCACAGCUAUUCAGAAGCACAAUGCUAUCUCCUGAAAGAGAUGACAGAGACGUUCCCUAGAGUAAAAAGGAAAAACAAAAGCAAAAAAAAAAGAAGGCUUGAGAAAUAUUUUAUGGUUUCCAAGCUUGGUAUACUUUGAAAUUAUUUUCACUGGUGAAACUGGUGUUGGAAAAAUAUAGAUUUAAAAUGGUUUUUGAUAGUUGACGUGACACUGGUGUAGCCCAUCAGUGACUGAUAGGACCAGCCUAGAAUUUCCGACAUUGGUGUGGGGGUGCAGUCUGUAAAUGUUUAUUGAGAACAUCUUGCACACAAUCUGAAUUAUGUAGAAUGUCAAUCAGACUCUUUUUUUUUAUAUAUUUAAAACUUGGGCAUCAAUUUUUUCCCCCCUAAUUUCAUCGAGUUCUCUGCCAAGCGCUCUUGAAGAUUUCUUUACAUUGCUUUUGAAAAGAACACUAUUUAUCUGAAUGCAAUUCAUGCUCUUGUUAAAGAACAAGGUUGCCAGAAUGUGCUUGUUGUUAGAACAAUAGAGAUAUAUAAACUUUAAAAAUAAAAAUUUCCCACCCAAGACCUAAAAGGAGGGAUUCUCUGAAGGGAUAAAAAUUAUUUAAAAUUUUUUAUGGGGUGCCUUUUUUUUCUUUUCUUUUCUUUUCUUUUUUUUUUUCCUAUUUUGUAGGACAAGCUGCAUCUUCUGUCUAUAUGGGUCUGGACUAAAGGACACUUAGUGAAUGCACAGAAUGUCAACAACACCAACAGAGAUGCCAAGAUCUAUUUAUCUCUAAGUAUGUUUGAAGUGGUUUGUUGUUUAUAUGUUGUCAUUUUAAAUUGUGUGUCAAUAAAGCUACCUGUAAAAUUUCAGUCCAAAAGAUAAAGCUCUCAGGGAGAAAUGAAUAAAAACAAUGAACAUUAGAAAAUAAAAUAUAGAUGCUUACCAUUAACCUACCAACUCUUAAUAUCCUUAAAUUAUAUAUAAAGAGGACUGUUACUUUUUUUUUUUUUUUUUGGCUUUGCUUUAUUUAUUUGUAGUGGGGGAGGGGGGCUAAGAUUCUCUCUUUUCUUUCUAUCAAUCCUGUUGUGGUUGGGUUUCCUGUGGAGAGAGUAGUUUGUCCUGUUGCACUAGAACAUUAUUUACUCACUAAAUUGAGUCUUUCAGUCAAUUAACAAAUAUUUAUUAAACACCUACUAUGUGCCAGGCUUAGUAGGGCUACAGUAAUAAGCAAGACAAAGUCCCUGCCCCCAAGGAGCUUAUGUUCUAAUGGGGAUAAAGGGGUGAAUAGAAUACCAAUAUGCGCUGUACAGGAAUCAUGCUAUUUAAAAAUGAUCUGUAUAAACUAUAAUGCUUAGUGCAGAUGGCAAGGUCUCUGCACUAUGUGAAAGCUGUGAAAUAGUGCUCUAAGAGUUGUCAAGAGCAGUGGUUUUACAUUUUUUUCCCCCUCAUUGCAAGCUUAGAGACUUUCUACCCAUUUUAUGGAAGUAAAUGACUCUAGCUAAUAAGGCGGUCAUAAACUCACAGCAGAGGUUGUGCUCCCCAGCCCCUAGUAACCAAGGUCUGCAAAUGCACCAGGUUAAAGGUGCAGACAGAGACUGCUCCAAAAGGCUUGAAGAUUAGGAAUGGGCGAUGAUGGUGGAUGUGUCUAUUCCUUAACAAAAGUGCCUCUAUCUUCUUUUCUAUUUAUAGCAAGAGAAAUUUGGUCUGGCUCAAUUUUGGAACUGUAUUUGAAAAUGGCUUUGUUUUACAGUUUAAGGAAUGGACAAGUGGAUGGAGUGUCACAUAAAGGAGCAAGCCCGUGUAGUGUGUCCCUCUUGCCCUUUGUAAUCAUCUUCAUUUUGAUACGGCCAUCCUGGUAGGCCUUACCAUAUCCAUUUUUGGUUUCUUUCCCCAAAAGCUUUGUGCAGGUAAUUCCAUGUGCCAUUGUUGAAAAAAAAAAAAUCUACUUUUUAGAUUGGUGCUGGUGUAAGUAGCCACUUUUCUCUCUUGGGUGUGUAUUUUAAAGUUUUUUGUUUGUUUUUUUAAAUUAAUGCCAAAAAGAAAGCAUUAUAAUUUGUAAACUUAAUUACAUGUCUUGUAUCUUAUUAGCUUAGUAGUUGGAACCUCUUAGUCUUUAGGUGCAAGACUGUUGUUAUAGUACCAAGAAAAAAAAUGUUGUAUGUGCUAUGAGAUUGUACUUUUUUUUUAAAAAGCAAUAUGCAAUAAAGAGACGAAUUCAUUGGGUGUAUGUA